UCUAUUGUUAGAUCAUUAUGAUCCCACCUGGCCGCGGUAUUCAUUUCACGCCUAAGAUCAGCAAAAUACUGUUUUUGCUAUUUGGUCCUUAAUCGAUAAUCAGCCAUGUCCGGUGACAAAUUCCCAAUGAUCACCGGAGUUUUGACGCCGUUUUAUCUGAUAUGGUCCCAUUACAUCAUAUCAAUACACUCGUCCAUUACGCCGUUCAAUCUCUCCCACUUUCUUUAUCCCAAAGUCACUUCCUUCACUGAAUCGGACACUCCUCUGCCGCAACCCCCGCCUUUUCUGCAGGGUGUUUUAGAUGCAAUUGCCAAUAAAGAGAGAUGGGCGGUGGAGGAUAUUCGGGUUUCUGAGGUGGACAUGAAGAAAGCUAAAUACAGAACAGGGCUUAGAUAUGAGUUAAGGGUUCGUUUUGGGAAGGCUGAAAUUGUUCUUAAGAUGCACGAGGAAUUAUCAGAAUGGAAAAAAAUGAUGGAUCAAAUGAACGGAACACUGAAUUUUGAGUCUUUGGCUACGAUUAUUGCGACCGAGGCUGUAAUUGACAGUUUCAAAAUUGAAGGCCCUUUCGAACUGCGGGUCACAAGUGAUAAUGAUCAGCUCUCGCUUCUGUUGCCCUUAAACAUGACCCAUUCUGGUCUGAAGCAGAUAUCAGUCGGUGAAGGUAUUCUUGUAGAAGUACAAGGCGCACGAGAAAUUUCCAUGUUCCAUCAUCCUACUAUUUCCACUAAUAGAAACUGGAACUAUGUUGGCACUAUUUUGCCCGGUUUAUGCACGGCACCAACGCCCAUACGCAUUCUGGGGCCCGCAUUCGUAUUGGCACACAGAAAUCAAAGGCCCACAACACUCGUUCAGACUGCUUUCACCUCCAAAAAUGCAAUUAAAUUAUUUCCGGACAAAUGUUAUGGCAUGCCAAACCACAAGAAACCGAGCAGUCUUCAUAAUUCCCUGAGCAGCAGAAUAGGCUCGCUCGAGAGAGUUUUGAGGAGCUUUUUAAACAAUAGCAGCAGUAAAAGUUAUAAUGCCUUGGGAUCUGUGAAGACUAGAGUUAAACCGUUGUCCGUAUUCCGUUUCCGUUUGGAACUGGAAAGAGAGAUUAGGGAUGAUGAUGCAUUUUGGAGCACGUCUGCCAAGUGGAGAACGAGGCCUACCGUCGAGCGCGUGUAUUUUGAAGUAUUGGCAAGAAUUGAAGAUGAAGUUUUGAGGCCAUUGGCCAUCAAGAAGGUCAGGCCUAUGAUAGAUACAGAUACAUUCGCGUGGAGUAGUUUAUCUUCGAAUAUUUCUUUCACACAGUUUCCUUCGGUGCUCCUCCAUCCGGAGGCCUUAACGCUGGAUGUGAAAUGGUAGAAAAAUUUUCUUUUCCUUUUACUUGUAUGUAAAUUAAAUCGCUGUUCUCCUGUAGGCACAAUAUGUGCUCUAUGUGUACUGUUACUCUAAACACCAAGUUCACUUUUCUUCUUGUCUCUGUUUUUACUAGUUAUAGGGAUGACUAUUUACGAAAUUGCCCCAGCGUUUUGGUGCUACUACAAAAAAAUGCUCUAUCGAUAUGCUAGUAUUUAUUGUGUAACUAGAGUUGAUUUCAGGAUUAGUUGUUUUGGAUUUAACCCAAAACCAGAAAAGCGUUACUAAAUUUCAGUAUGGAAAGUGGAAUAGGAAUGCUUAUCGUAUGGUGAACUAGUUCACAG